AUGGGCGAUACUACACCUCCGGAAGUCGCCAAUGCCGCGGCGACUGUAUUCCACACGCGCAGCUACCAACAGGAACUCCUUGAAGAGAGCUUGCGGUCCAACCUCAUCAUUGCGCUUGAUACGGGAUCUGGCAAGACGCAUAUCGCCGUGCUGCGCAUGAAGCAUGAGGCGGAGCGGGAACCGCGAAAGGUAUCGUGGUUCUUCGCACCUACAGUGGCGCUUGUCGAGCAGCAAUGCGAUGUCAUCCGCAAAGCCAUCCCAGUACCUGUAUGCAUGAUCUCGGGCGCAUCGGAGCCCAACCAGUGGAAAGACCGAGAUCUAUGGCGACGUGUUCUAGAAUCUCAUAGGAUCAUCGUCUCUACGCCACAGGUCCUGCUAGAUGCACUUCUGCAUGGUUACGUUGAUCUGGGUAUGGACAUAGGUCUUCUUGUCUAUGACGAAGCCCACCAUGCGAUCGCUAAGCAUCCGUAUAACAUGAUCAUGCAACAAUUCUACUUCAACUUGAACAAGCGCACUCGGAACUCCGGAUCGUAUGACCGGGCUCGUCCCAUGGUGCUCGGCCUGACAGCUAGUCCGAUUUAUGGCGGUAACCCAGAUGCCGCAUUCGAUAAACUCGAACACAAUCUCGAUAGCAUCAUCCGCUCGUCGCGCAUGCACCGAGAGGAGCUCGCUCAAUAUGUUCAUAGGCCGGUUUUCAAGCACGUCCUUCAUAGCUCUCCAUCAUACGAUUGGGAGACACUACCAUCUUACAACACGUUCUCGCUCAAAACAGUGGUCGACUCGCUCAAUAUCGAGCACGAUCCGUACGUGCAAUCCAUGCGUGGUCAACUGGCACGAGCGCAUUCAGCGGAAGAACGGCACCGCAUCGACCAGAAGCUGUCGAAGGUCAUUCACAAGGCGGACACCUUCACGCAUCGGGGUCUCAGGGACUUCUUGAGGGCCGCCGAAGAGAUAUGCAUGGAACUUGGAGAGUGGGCGGCAGACUGGUACAUCGUCAAGGUCAUCGAGCAGGCCCGCCGCGCGGCGAACCCAUACAACAAUAUCAUGACUAGCUGGCAAGCGAACGAGAAGCGUUACCUGCUCGACAAUCUCGACAAGGUGAACGUCGUCCCUGUCUCGACGGACCCCGACGAGAUCCGGCAUAUGCUCACGCCAAAGGUCCAAGCGCUGGUCUCGUGCUUGGUCACUGAAGAGGAAGACUUUCGGCUGGCAGACGAGACGUACAGCGGCCUCAUCUUCGUCACUCGGCGGGACACGGUGAUUGCCCUAGCGGAAGUGCUGUCCCGACUCCCAGAGACUGCGCAGCUCUUCCGCAUCGGCUGUCUCCUAGGAAGCUCGUCGAGUUUCAAGCGCCACUCCUUCCUUGACAUCACCCGCGAGAUCGUGAAGGAGUCGCAAGUGAACACGCUGGCAGAGUUCCGCGGCGGCGACAAGAACCUGAUCGUCUCCACCUCCGUCGCUGAGGAGGGCAUCGACAUCCAGGCAUGUGGUAGCGUCAUUCGCUUUGAUGCUCCUCCGAACGUUGUCUCUUGGGCGCAAAGUCGAGGAAGAGCCCGGCAGCAAAGGAGUAGCUUCAUCAUGAUGUUGGAGCAAGACUCACAGCACGAGCAAGACAUUCAGAAGUGGAUCGGCAUCGAACAACAGAUGAUGGAUCUCUAUACAGACCCGAACAGGGUGGCCCCGGAAACCUUUGAGGAAGACGACGAUCACGACGAGCGUACGUACCUUGUUGAAUCUACUGGCGCUGUCCUUACGCUUGACUCUGUGACAAGUCACCUCAACCACUUCUGUUCUGUUUUGCCCAACGCGUCGUAUGGCGGACAGCACGCGCUAUAUGACCUCGAUCCACCCGACUACCCCGAAGACUGGCACUCGCAGCAGGACCGUCUCAAAGACAUGCCGCCAUAUCAGGGGCCAUGGGGAGCUACGGUCACACUUCCACGAUGCCUUCCCUCACAUCUCAGGAAAUUCGCUACACCGCGAGAACACAAGACGAAGAGGUCGGCACAGAAGCAUGCGGCUUUCAACGCCUACGUUGCGCUGCACGAGGCCAAGCUCCUCAACGAUCAUCUCCUGCCUUUGAUGAGCGCGAUCGAGCCCGACAAAGGAGAAGAGGUCAAGAAGUUGCUAGCCGAUAUCGAGAAGCGCGCUGGCACAGAAAAAGUAUCCAUCCAGACGGAUCCUUGGGCACCGAAGGCAGACGAGGAUACGUGGUGGAAGGCCGAAAUGGUCAUUGACGGCCUACCGGCUCUGACCAUGUUGACACCGAACCCGCUGCCUGCGUUCGCUGAGGAGGAGAUGCCGACGAUAUACAUCCCAGGCAGGGGUGCCACUCACGUCUUGGUGCGUCCGAUGGGCAAGGUAGGCCAGGACGAGGCCUACCUUGAGCGUGCUCGCACGUAUAGCCAUCGGAUGUUCUCGACUCUGUAUUUUGCGCGUAUGAAACCGGACGAUCGCGCUUUCGCCUACUUGUUCUUGCCGGCAGAGGAGGGCCCAGAUGAGCAUUCCUGGGAGGACCGGCGAAAGUGGAUGCAAGAGCGGAUCGAUCGUGGUACCGACGUUCGUCUGGAGACAAACACGAGGGCAAACGCGGAUAUGCUGCGCCAGCAGUACGGCCUGCCCACAGAUCUGGCACUCAUUCGGCCGAACGAGAAGUUCGGCAAGCCCUUCCAAUUUGUGCGUUGGUUCAACGGUCCGUUGAGUACUGAAGACGAGGACAAGCUGCGGGAGAGAUACGAUGGCUUCCCCGACGCGACUACCACGUAUCCCUUGCUUCAGGUCAAGGAGUUCCCUCAGCGAGCGAACUUCCUUGCGCCGUUAGCUUCGGAUACAGCUGGACUAGGCCGCGACGAGGCAGUCUACCUUCUGCCGAAGUAUACAACCGUCGAGCUCGUAUCGAAGGAAGAUCUACAGUACGCUAUGUAUCUUCCUUCGAUCCUCAGGUGGAUGUCGAAUGCCCUCACCGUCGUAUCUCUUCGCAACGAGCUGUUACCAGCGGACUCCGUUGCCAAAGUCGCAUUCGAUCUCCUCCGCAUCGCUACCACAGCUCCCGUUGCUCAAGAGAUGAUGGUCAACGACCAGCCACUCAACUAUCAACGACUUGAGACGCUCGGGGAUUGUGUCUUGAAAUGCUUGACAAGCACCCAGCUUUUUGCCGACCAUCCGUUUUGGCACGAGGGUUACCUCGCCAGGCGGAAGGAUCACGCCGUCUCCAAUGUGCAGCUAGCCAAAGCUGCUAUUGAGAAGGGCCUAUACAAGUGGAUCAUUCGAGACCGAUUCGUACCGAGAAAGUGGAAGCCACGCUACCUCUCGGAUUCUGUCGUCAACGAGCCCGAGCCCGAGCCCGAGUCCAAGCCUGAACCGAAGCCCGCCGAAGAGGAGACGAAAGACGAAGGUAAUAAGAAGAAAAGGAAGAAAAAGCAGACCCAGGAGCUGUCGACCAAGGUCCUCGCGGAUGUUGUAGAGUCGCUGCUCGGCGCCGCGUACGAGCACGGAGGUUUCGAUCUUGCAGUGGAAUGCGCAGCGCUGUUCGGCCUGGGGUUGUCCUGGAAGAAGCUCACGACCCACAUCGACGAAGUAUUGGCAAGGCAUGAGGAACUCGAUGUACCUCCUCCCCAGCUCACUCUCGUCGAACGCAUGAUCGGUUACAACUUCACGCGUAAAGCCUUGCUCAUACAGGCCCUGACCCACGCCAGCUACACCGGCGACUUGGCCACCAUGUCCUACGAACGGCUGGAGUUCCUAGGAGAUUGCGCAUUGGACAUGAUCGUCACCGACAUGCUCUAUCAUGCCGAGGGAUGGAAUUACAAGCCCGGCCAUAUGCAUCUGCGAAAAGAGGGCCUUGUCAACUCGCACUUCCUAGCAUACUUCUGUCUCAAGACGUUCACCACUUGCGAGUCGCCGAACCCCUCGUGGUCACCGACGAGCGGCGUAACCGUUGGCACCGAGGAGCAGAAGAUCUACCUCUGGCAGUGCCUGCUGCACUCCAGCCACCGUGUCCUGGAGGACCAGAACGUCACCUCCACGCGCUUCGAGAAGAUUGGCCCCGAGAUCGAGAAGGCUCUCAAGCAGAAGACCAUCUACCCUUGGGCAGCGCUGACCAGCUUGCAGGCCCCCAAGUUCCUCAGCGACAUGGUUGAGAGCUUGCUCGGCGCCGUGUUCCUAGACUCCGAGGGUGACUUCACGGCUGUGUGCGACGUGCUGCGCACCCUCGGCAUCAUGGACGUCCUCGAGCGCAUCAUCACGCGCAAUGAGAUGGACGUGCUGCACCCCAUCUCGCGCUUGUCGAUUUGGGCCGCCCAGCAAGACCCGCAGCAGAAGGUCAAACUCGCUGUGGAGAAGACGAAGGGGAACGUCAGUUGCGCUGUAAUUUUGGACGGAGAGGAGCUCUUGAAGGUGACGGAGGUGUAUCGCAGCAGGGCGAGUCAGGAGGAGGUCCGCUUUGCUGCUGCCGAACAGGCGAUCAAGAAGUUGCGAGUAUUGGAGGAAGAGGAAGAGGAGGACGCCAUAGACGAGGAAGAUAACACCUGGGGUGAUGAGGUGCCCGAGUAUGAAUGGUGA